CACAGGUGGAUGAAGCAAUGACUAUAAGUGUUCUUCCCAAAUUGAAAAUCUGUUCUUUUUUUUGAAUAGGGGGACUUCCCAACCACUCAAUCGAUUUGUUGGUUUUCGAUUUUUCCAGAGGUUUCUGGGGCGUUCCGGCAUUCACAUACGCACUUUGAUCUAGGACGCAAGAAUUCUGCUUGGUGGUGUGAAAACGAGCGAAUCCCGGUGAAGCACCAUCGUGCCGAAGGACCAGCUGGAGCAGCACUGCGCUCGCUCGCGCAGUCGAAGCCGAAGUCGCGAGAAGCAGGAGAGAGCGGAUGAGGAUACGACGCCCAAAGAUGGCCGAACGACACCGCGACCGCUGGCUGAAGGCCGCCCGAAAGCAGCUGCGGAAGACGAAGAAGCUCCAAAGCCGAGCUUCCAGGGGUCUCCUGCGGCCGCGCCGGGCGCGCCAGCGCCCACGGCGCCUGCAGCGCCUGCCGCAGCGGCUCCUCCUAUGUCGGAUGCCUUGGAUGUUCCACUCGUUGUGAGUGGCGGUCAGAAUCAGACCAUUCGUGAAAUUGUGAGAGGCACCUAUUUCCGCAGUGGCAGCAACCACGGAAAGCCCGUCUACAAGAAGAAGCGUGAGGUGAUAGAAGACGAUGAUGAUGAUUUGGAUGUUUUGAUAUACUUCUGGGAUGAGCGAGAUGGUGAUGAAAAUUGUGGCUGGUGGUUCAGCCCCAGCAUUGGUGGCGACAUGGUUUGGGCAUACCACCCCAGUCGCAAGGCUGCGAUGCCACCUUCAGCGGCCUGGAAUGUGCCGCACGAUGGGGCGAUCGACUCGAGCUUCUCGGUGACUCCACAGCGAAGCGCCGAGGCGAGAAGCAGGAACAAGGCGAAGAAGGAAGAGCCUUCGAGUGCGCCACGAGAGAGCAGUCGAAGCCGAAGUCGGCAGAAGCAGGAGACGGCGGAGAAAAGACAGACGAUGCUCCAAGAUGGCCGAACAAAGACAUUGAAAGGCAACGUGAAAGCAAAGGAAUCCGCACCGGCUUCCGCGGCUUCUUCGGCUUCUGCGGCUUCCGCGGCUUCUGCGGCAGCGCAAGCAAAUCCCUUGGAUGUUCCACUCGUUGUGAGUGGCGGUCAGAAUCAGACCAUUCGUGAAAUUGUGAGAGGCACCUAUUUCCGCAGUGGCAGCAACCACGGAAAGCCCGUCUACAAGAAGAAGCGUGAGGUGAUAGAAGACGAUGAUGAUGAUUUGGAUGUUUUGAUAUACUUCUGGGAUGAGCGAGAUGGUGAUGAAAAUUGUGGCUGGUGGUUCAGCCCCAGCAUUGGUGGCGACAUGGUUUGGGCAUACCACCCCAGUCGCAAGGCUCUGACCCCACCUCCAGCCGCCUGGAAUGUGCCACACGACAUGCCGAUCGACGUGACCUUCUCGGUGACCCCGGCGGCGGAUACGCGCGCCUGAUGCGAGGUGCGCGGUGAAUCGACACGUCGAGUGUCUCUGGGAACGACACGAGUUCGGGCCUUUUGGGCCACCGAUCUCAGCCGAAAUGAUCUCCCUAUUCCCAUAUAGAUGGUAAUCAUGUGCAUGCAAAUUGAGCCCUGCAAGUUGUGGGGCAACUUCAAUGCCAGGGCGGUGGGUUUUUCCUGCGCCUCGCAGGGCCUGACGUGGAUGCAGCGAUCCUGCCUUGCCGAUGCCUUUUCACACAUUCAUUUUUCGCGUUCACAUGAUGGUUCUGGAGG